AUGUCUGGAAUUGAAGUUGUUUAUACAAUACAUAAGUUUGAAGCUGAAAAUCCAGAUGAGAUCUCGAUCAAUGUUGGAGAGAAAGUAAUCGUGCUCGAAAGAGAUGAAGGUUUUAAUGAUGGUUGGUGGCAGGGAAAAAAUGAAAGAGGUGAAAUCGGUCUUUUCCCAAUCACAUAUACAACAAAUCAACUUCCAAUAAUAACUUCGCCUAUUGCAUUAGAAAAUAAAAUCGAUUCACUCGAAAGCACCAUUUCUAAAAUGAAACCACCUAUACAGCAAAAGAAUUCAACACAGCAUUCCUCUUUGAUUUCAGCAGUUUCCAUGUCCUCUAAAAACGUCCAUUCAAUCAUUAGUAAAUCUUUAGAGAAUCCUUUGCUAAGUAAUAAACCAAUUGAAGACUGGAGUUCAGAAGAAGUUGCAAUAUGGCUAAUUCAUAUCGGAUUUGACAAGGAACUUGCAGAGAACUUUAAAAAUCAAGAAAUUAGCGGGGAUAUUUUAUUAGAGUUGACUCUAGACUCUUUAAAAGAACUUCAAAUAGCGACAUUUGGUAAAAGGUUCAAGAUUCAUAAUGCUAUUAAUGCUUUACGGCAAGAAGCAAACACAAGGAAUAAUAAUAAACGAUCAGAUAUCGUCUAUAAGCAACAACAAGAAUUCCUUGAGGAUGAUCUUGUAUCUAAUUAUAGUACAAUCAUUCGAAAUUCACAGUUAAAGAAUAGACAUUCUUCUUAUAUUCAACAACGUAACAGCUCAUCUGAUAUACAUGCGAAUAGAACAUCAACUUUACAAAAUAAUUCUUCUUCAUCUGUUGAAAGGAAACGUAACACAAUAAAUAAUAUAGAGCAAGCAAAUCGAUACAAUUUCAUACAAUCGCCAUCUACUAUGAAUCAAUUACAAAAUGUCUUAUCUAUUCAUUCCCCAGCUACAAGACAAUCCGAAGAAGUAGCUUCAUAUUCUGAUAUACCGGAUAUGGAAGGAUGGCUUUAUAAGCAAGGAGAUAAAUAUAAAAACUGGAAUAAGCGAUGGUUUGUUCUUAAAGCAUAUAAUCUAUACUAUUUUAAGAAUCCAAAGUCUCCUCAUAUCAGAGGCAUCAUUAAUUUGAAAGGAUAUAGAAUUGAAUCAGAUGAAAAUAUUCAUGCUGGAAAAUAUUGCUUUAUGGCAUAUCAUGAAAAGGAACGCACAUUUUAUUUUUAUACUGACUCUGAGAAAUCAAUGAAAGCAUGGAUGAAAGCAUUAAUGAAGGCGACUAUUACAAGAAACUAUACAUCACCUGUCAUGUCUUCAAAUACAAUUUCAACUGUAUCAUUAGAAAUGGCCCGAAAAAUGCGUCCACGUCCACCUUCAACUCUUUUUCAGGAACAAAAUAAUGUUUUCCAGCAAUUUAGUGCAGAGGAGGAAAUGAAGAUGAUGAUGAUGAAAACAGCAGAUGGUGCUCGAACUUCAUCUAUCCUAAGUACAAAUAGUAACCUAUUACAUUAUCCUCAGCAACCCAAGUCUAUUACUACUUUGCUUUCAUCCGAUCAUACGUCAUCAGACAAUUAUUCAAUUGAAAGUAGUGUUUACAACAGUCGACUUAAAGAUUCAGGGUUUAAUAGUAUCCAUGGGAAUAGUCGAAGACGAUCUCUAGCUGAAGGAAGUAGUAGCAGUCAAAGCUCUUUAAGCUACAAAAAUAAGUUUAUAAAGACUCCAAAACCAACUAAUAAUACCACAUAUUGUUACCCUAAUGAAGAAGAUGAAGACUUGAUUGAUCCAGAACAUAUGACUAUCAUAGAAUCCAAUAGACACCUUUUGCAAAAGAAAGAAGAUGACCUGUCCGAUCACAGUAAACGAUAUAUUCAGUGGAUCAAUAAAUAUAUUCAAAGGAAUAAUAAAAAGAUUCAUCAUUUAUCAGAAUUAAGUACAGGCGAUAUACUUUUAGAUUUUCUAGAGCAAUUAACUCAAAAAGAAAUUGAAAGACACAUGGCCAUGCCAGGGAGAUCAGCUAAUGAUAAGAAAAUGGAUCUUAUUAUUGCUGCAUUCAAAUUUAUGACCUUGGAAGGUGUUGAAUUAGAUGGAGUGUGUACUAUUCGAGGUAAGUUUAAUUAUCAUCAUUAUUAA